AUCACAAUGCAGAAGGUUAAUUGGGACUUAAUAAGAAUCUCAUGAGAUUUGCUUUUUUAAAUGCAACGAAGAAUUUGAUGUUUUUGUAAAUAGAUCCCAAAAUGUUAUGUAAAAAUACUCAUGUUUUUCACAUGAGCAGUAAUGUUUGAUCCCAAACAUUAUCAACUCCCCCCUCCAAUUCUGCUUGAGCGACGCCGUUUCGUCCAUCAUAUCCAAUCCAUUCCUGAUUUUAGCCAUUUUACACUCCCCUGUUACUGGUUCGGUAAAGGUGGGUGCUUUAGUGAGAGAGCGAGAGCACCGAAGAGGAGUAAUGAACGACCUCUCAAACGCGGUUCUGAGAGACCACCAUACUAGUACCUUCAAGCCCAUACCAUCCCUUGUCCUCUACAUUCUCAUACCCAUCUUUGUUUUAGGUCUCUCUGUCUCCAUCUUCAUUCUCAUUGUCGUCCACAACGCACUCUUCUUCGUCUUCUUCCUUUUGCUCUCUGCUCUCGUCCUCGCUUUCAUUCUCUGGAACACGCGUCAUUGGGCUUCUAAAGCUGCAGUCUUGUUCUUUCUCAACUCUCUUCCUGAGUCUGACCUUCGCGUGGCUCAGCAUGGAGAGCUGGUCAAGAUCACUGGGCUUGUCUCAUGUGGGAGUCUCUCCCUGGAAUCUUCAUAUGAAAAGGCUACUAGAUGUGUAUAUGCCUCUACUCUUUUAUAUGCAUACAAGGGAUUAACUCUUCAACCUAGAAAUGUCAAGAGAUCAUGCUUCCAGUGGCACUUAGAAUAUUGUGAGAGAUUCUCAACAGACUUUUUCUUGACUGAUCGGAAAUCUGGUCUUAGAGCUAUUGUCAAAGCUGGUUCUGGUUGUAAUCUUAUCCCACUGGUCUUUGAGAGCAAACUUGUCAACACAAGAAAAUGCAGAAUCCUCUCUCCUCACUUGACGAAAUGGUUACGUGAGAGAAAUCUCUCAGCUGAAUCCCGUCUGCUACGUCUGGAGGAAGGGUAUCCAAUUUUUUCAUUAAAAUCUCAAUCAAAUACCCUGCUGUUGUCAUAUAUGCAUCCUUAUGUACCGUGGAGUUUUGGCAGGUAUGUACAAGAAGGAAGCACUGUGACUGUAUUUGGCAUGCUGCACAGAAAUAAUGAGAUGACUACGAUUGUUCAACCACCGGAAGUAAUUUCCAGUGGUUGUCUAUGGCGAAAACUGCUUCUCCCUGUUGACAUUGAUGGACUCAUUCUAAGGGUCUCUCCGAUGGCUGGGCAAUCUGUCAACCAAAAUUCUAUACAACACCCAGAAAGAUAGUAGGUAGGUAGCACAUUAUCUCUGAAGGAUGACACAAAUUUUCAGCUCAGGAGUUCAUGUUUGUCUUACUUGAUUUGAUGUCUCGCUAAUCACUAUGUAAACCUUUAGCUCUAACAUUAUUUAGCUCUGGAAAGGUCUUGUUCUGACUACAUUACUUCUGAAUUUACUUUCUGAUGUGUGAAUAUCUUUCAUUUUC